CAGCCAUGUUUGUAUGAUUUCGGCUAAUGUAUCCCGCACGGCUCGUGGACCCUGCGGACCACACGUUACGACCUUGGCUUCACGUUCGACUCAAGGAGGAGGAGGAGUAGCCCCGCCGGGGAACCUGCCGGGGAGGACGCCGCUCGCGCUCUAUCGACCCCGGGGACCGGACUCCUCACGCGGACUCCUCGCGGCGUGUUUUUAACGGAGCAGCAGCAGCGGCGGCGCGGGACUCCGGGGGACGGCAUGGAUGAGCGGUUAUGUGUUCCCGCCAGCUAGAGGCUCCUGUCCCGCCCACCCGCGCACCCCGCCAUGUAUCGCCGGAACGGCCUCUCCGAUGGCACCAGCAUCCACUCAGUCACCUCGGAGGCCAGCAGCAGCUCUGACUCUCUGGAUGCGCCGUGCGUGGACUUUGCCAAGAGCUACGACGCCGUGGUCUUCGAUGUGCUGAAGGUGACUCCCGAGGAGUUUGCCAGCCAAAUCACCCUGAUGGACGCACCGGUCUUCAAGGCGAUCCAUCCAGAGGAGCUGGCCAGCUGCGGAUGGAUCGGGAAGGAGAAACACCGUUUGUCCCCUAAUGUGGUGGCAUUCACGCGCAGGUUCAACCAGGUGAGCUUUUGGCUGGUAAGAGAAAUCUUAACGGCCCAAACGCUGAAAAUCCGAGCCGAAAUACUGAGCCAUUUUGUCAAAAUAGCCAAGAAACUGUUGGAGUUGAACAACCUUCAUUCCCUGGUGUCAGUGGUGUCUGCUCUGCAGAGCGCUCCCAUCUUCAGACUCAGCAAAACCUGGGCGCUGAUCAGUCGGAAAGACAAGGCCACAUUCGAGAAGCUCAACUAUCUGACAUCCAAGGAGGAGAACUACACCCGCAUGAGAGAAUACAUCCGCUCGCUGAAGAUGGUGCCCCGUAUCCCAUACCUGGGGAUCUACCUCUUGGACAUGAUCUACAUCGACUCGGCCUACCCUGCAUCGGACAGCAUCCUAGAGACGGAGCAGCGGACCAAUCAGAUGAACAACCUUCUGAGGCUCAUCUCCGACCUGCAGAUGUCCUGUAACUACGAUCACUUGGUCACGCUGCCACAUGUCCAGAAGUAUCUGCUGUCCGUCCGCUACAUAGAGGAGCUGCAGAAGUUUGUGGAGGACGACAACUUCAAACUGUCUCUGAAGAUUGAACCUGGCAACAGCUCCCCUCGCAUCGCUUCUUCUAAGGAGGACCUGGCAGGACUGUCUGAGGUAUCUGCCCCUCUGAGGUAUAACCGGCGCCCUACGUGCCCCGACGCCUCCGUGGGGGUUGGUGUUCCCACCCCCCCGCCCUCUCACCACAGGAAGAGCCACAGUCUGGGAAACAACAUGAUGUGCCAGUACGGCAUGUCACACAGCCGCAGCGCCACCUUUCCCACCGAGAAAGCACGACACCUGCUGGACGACAGCUUCCUGGAGUCCCAGAGUCCCGUGAGGACCGAGCCGCACAGCACGUCCGUGUCCAACGGCCUGUCCUUAGGCAGCAGUGAAAGCUCCUUUGGGGAGGAACUGUCACCCGGCAUGGAGAGGGGCCGUAUGUACGCAACGCUGGGCCCCAACUGGAGGGUCCCGCUUCGCAACUCUGCCUGGAGCCGCAGCUACGUGUUCAGCGAGGCCAGCAGCGUGACUGUUGAAGGCCCCCUGCGGAGGAAAACGAUGCUGAAGGAGGGACGGAAGCCCAAGUUGUCGUCGUGGACCAGGUUCUGGAUCGUUCUGUCUGGAUCAACGCUGACGUUCUUUGGGGCCAAAGCACUGAGGGCCUCUGAAAGGAAACACUACAAGUCCAGCCCCUGUAAGAAGGUGUGUGUGACCGGAUGGAUGGUGGUGCUGCCAGAUGACCCAGCCAGACCCAACAUCUUCCAUCUGAACGACCCAGACAAAGGCAACGUUUACAAGUUCCAGACCGGCUCCCGGUUUUCAGCCAUCAUCUGGCACAAGAACCUGGAGGAGGCGUGCAGGAGCAGCAGACCUCAGAUCCCAGCGAACCUCAUGUCGUUUGAAUGAGAGCGGACGUCACCCAGCGGCACCAAAUAAAGGCCACGAGGUACAGUGGGAUUUAAUGGUGGAAGAGGCGAGAAGCAUCUGACAAUGCAGAAGAAGCUCUUGGAUGCUGGACGAGUGACACUUCAGCUCCAGGACUUGAUAUAAUGUGUAAGAGUCCGUUUCAUCACUUGACGUCUGUCAUUCUUGGUUCUUCCGGCCCACGUUGGGUUGCUGUUUGGGUGGAACCACCUGUGGACACCAGUGUUAUUUGGCUGUUACGUGUUGCACUUGUGAAAGUGCUACUGCAACGUUUUCUGUAUUCCGACAUCCUACCGGAAACGUGGAGAGCAGUAACAACGCGUUUGGGAAGGAUGAGCAGCAGGACGUCGUCAUGUAAGAAUUCGUAGUGGAGCCACCGUGGAACCAGGACGUGCCGGUGAAGAAGUGAAGAAGCAGCCUCAGAAGGUCCUCUUGAUGUUUGCUGAUGCACAUGACAAGCGUUACAAAAAAGCCAAAUUGCUAUUUUCUACAGAACAAAUCCUCACCAUGGAAAUGAACAAAUGAACCAAUGGGAGUGCAGAAGAGAGCCAGCUGUGCACAUCAGGCGGCCGCAGGCUGCUGGAUUUACAAUGAAGUACCAAGUGUCAAUCACCUGUAUGUAAAUACUGUAUUUAUUUGUAAAAGAGUUUAUUUUUUGACAGUUGGCCAUCAAAGGGAAACGGUACGAUGUUCAUCAGUUGGUGGGAAUCACCCUAAAACGACCGCGUCAGCUGCAGGACGUUAGAGCCAAAGCUGACGGAGUCCGUAUGGUGACCUGCUUCAAAAGCCAAAUGUUUGCUUGAAUUGACUAUUUGGCAUCAUUCCAAGUAUUAAUAAUGAUGUUCAGGGUAAUUACUUACUUAAUUACAUCAAGUGAAAUAUUCUGUGAAAAAAAGUCUCAUAAUUGAGGUUAAGAGGAAGCAGAAGGACGAAGGUUGGAGCUCGAGAUGAUCUGGAUUGGUCUGGAUUAUACGGCACCUUUGUAAGCAUCACAUGCAGACCGCUGACUUCCUGUCCGGGCCACGAAGCGGCUGUGACUCGCGUUAUCAGACUUCCCACCGCGGCCUUUUUCUCUCCGUCACCAUCUUUGUUUCUGGCGACCAGAAGCUCAACCUGAGCAGAUUACAAGAGUCGUUUAACUGUCAGAUCAAAGGUCAAAGGGCGAAGGUGCCUGUGUAGCAAUGGGUCCAUCCCAAAGCGGUCUAUAGGACUCUAAAUGGGACCUUAAAACACAAAAUAAACAUUGCUGUUUACAAGAAGAUCUGAAGUCCUCUUUGCGGCGGUAAUAAGUCAAGAAGGUUUGUUGUCUCUCGGACGUCUUUCCGCACACGGAGGACUUGUUAGGGGACAUUAGAAAGAAAAGCUGAAGAAACUUCUGCACUGGCUUCACUUUUCAGACCAAAUAUCUGUUGCUUUGUCCCCAAAAUGGUGACGAUGAUUUGAUCUGAUGUUCACAGAACAAAGCCAUGAAUAAAGAUCCAAUUAUCCCUCAAUAGAACUAAAAAAUACGUCAAUUAAGUUAAACAUUUACUAAUGGACGCCAUGUCAAACGUUUCCUGUUGUAAAUCACAGUAACUCUCCAUCUGUAACAUUAUCAACCACGACAUGAAGGUGAAUAUUAGUCUCUUCAGUUGGAUGUUCCGUGUCGCUUUUCAGAUCUUUCAUCAGUUGGACUAUUUCUUCAGUAUUAAGUCACUAACGCUGCUGACGCUCUUUAUUAAAGCGCAGAGCGGCUUCUGCUCAUCGUGCCAGUGACCCACUAGGGAACGGGACGUCCCGGGUCCUCUACACCCGCCUGUGAAUGACUGAGCCUGUGAUUCUGUUUACUGUCGCAUCACAUUUUUGAAGAGUGGAAACGUCUGUACAGAAUACUUAACUUUGCUUCAUGCUAUCUGAAGGGUAAAUGCAGUAAAUAUGUAGAAUGAAAUAAACAAUUGAACAUGUUGAAUUUUUAAAUAUAUCUGAUGUAAAAUCUGUA